AUGGAAUUUAGAAGUCCAGUACAAGGCGAUCACUUUGAGAAAUGGAAAAGAGUAGAAGCUCCAAUUACUGGUGAAAAGUUUGAAAAAGAAGAUCAAGAGAUGCAACUCCACACACCAAUGCUUAGCGAGGAGAUUUUUGACAAUCAACCAAUCCCACCACAGGAUCUAGCACCAAAAGUUCUAUUUCCUCAACGACUCAAAAAGAAUAAGCUUGAUAAGCAAUUUUCUAAAUUUUUAGAUGUGUUUAAAAAAUUGCAUAUUAACAUUCCUUUUGCAGAAGCUCUUAAACAAAUGCCAAGCUAUGUGAAAUUUAUGAAGGACAUCUUGUCAAAUAAGAGGAGAUUGGAAGAAUAUGAGACAACAGCCCUUACUGAAGAGUGCAGUGCAAUUCUACAAAAGAAAUUGGGAUCCAGGGAGAAACUUGGACUAGGUGAGGUGAGACCUACUACAGUAUCAUUGCAAUUAGCGGAUCGCUCAAUAAAACACCCAAGAGGAAGUAUUGAGGAUGUGCUUGUUAAGGUGGACAAGUUUAUUCUUCCAGCCGACUUCUUCAUUCUAGACAUGGAAGAGGAUAGGGAAAUUCCUAUCAUUCUUGGCAAACCAUUCUUAGCUACUGGCCGAGCUCUAAUUGAUGUCCAAAGGGGAGAAUUGCGGUUGAGAGUACAAGAAGAGGAGGUAACCUUUAAUGUUUUUGAUGCCAUCAACUAUCCGGAUACAAGUGAGAGUUGUUUCAACAUCCGAGCAAUCGACUCUUUGGUCACUGAAGUAUUUAACCAACAAAAGGAGUCGUUGGAAGUUUUUUUGGUUAAUCCCAAUCCGACUAUGGUGGAGGAUCUAGAAGUGUUAGAAUAUGCUUUGUGA